AUGGCCCCCAUCCCAAGGGCCGAUCUGGAUGGAGACAAUCCUUCUUCGGAUGUUGGUGACAGCCAGGACUCCCCGCUGCGUCGUCAAUUCUCUGAACCCUUCCGUCCUCAAUCUACUUCUACCCAAAUUUCUCAGUCACCGGAGCCCAUGCCUCGACGGCUUAAGUGUGACUGGUGUGGGAAGCUUUUGAUGCUUCCGAAUGAUGCAGGCAUCUCCGAAGAUGAUGUUCUGAAUGAUCAUAUCAACGAAGUUCACCCGAAAUCUAUCAACUUUUCUGGGUAUGAUGGCGCCGACGAUGGUGCCGAUGACACUUACGAUGAGAAUGGCGAUCUCCAAGAUGACGACGCCAUUGAACAAGACGAACCCAUAGCUCAAGCUAUCAAUCCUGAAGAUGUCGAAGCUCAGGAUGAAGAAGGCGAAGAGAUCGCAGUAGAAUUGAUUACUGAAGAUACACAUGGUACCCAGCCAACCGCAACCCCAGUCAAUGUCAGUUAUAUGCCAGAACCAAAGCGUGACCUUCUGGACUGGCUUUCCAACCCGCGUACUGGAUAUCCCGAGGAAUAUCGUCUCCGCGAAGCCCAAUGGCGACGACCAGAUGUCAAAAAGCGCCUUGAACGCUUCUGGAAAGUCCAUGAUGCCAACAAAUUCUCCCCCAACUACGAACAGGAAGCUGCCAAGUGUGAAUCUACUUGGGACAAUGCUUUCCAUGACCCCUCCAAAACCAGGAAACGCGAUGCUCCUGAACCAGCUUCUCACCCUCUACCAUACAAGAAGGCCAAAGUUGAAAAAGGUCAAUUCCUCGAAGUACAGACCCAAGAACUUGACGAACUCGUCAACAUGCUCCGUAGUCCCGAAAAAUACACACCUGAAGAACUUUAUGCACUCACACAGACCGCCGCCUUUGCUUUGAAAGCAUUUCAAGAUGAAUACCUGGCCCUCGACGACCUUUACCUUAAGGCGCACCGACACAAGCGAGAUGAACCCUCAUAUCAAACAAAGCGACAUCAAAUGCAGGGUCACAAGAAAAAGGGUGGAGCCCCUUUGGCCCGUGUCAAUGAGGACAAACUUGACUUUGAGGAAAAGAAAGAGGCAAUGCUCUAUGGUUACAAACACAAUUAUUUCCCUGGUAACACGCCACUUGUGCCCAUCCGCACACAGCAGGAUCCAUUCGUGCAGGGAGGCUUUGUCCCAACUGCCGCGCAAGCCAGAAAGAUGAUUGCCAAGGACAAAGAAACUGGUGAUCUUAACCCUGAUGGAUGGGCAACCAUGAAGAAACAUGGUCUUGAAUAUCACGCUCAGAUGUAUGAACCCCGACGUGAGCCACUUGUGCCAAAAGUCACACGGAAACGCAAGGCUGCAGAGGUCGAAGUACCACCCAAAACGACCGAUACAGAAGAGACUCAAAAUGAGAGUGUGGACGGUGAUGAAACCGACGAAGACAACCAUCCCGCAAAGCGGCGCACUCGAGGCCGCGGUGGCAAAACAGUUGUCGCUGAAUCAACUCACUCCGAUACUAACUCACGCAAAGGCCCUGGCCGGGGCCGUGGCCGCGGACGCGGCCGUGGGCUUGGUCGCCUUGGUUCCUCUCGGGCCACCUUCGAAGUCACCCCUGCCCCAACCCAACCCUCAUCCCGAGGCAGGGGUCGACGUGGCGCUAGCAGCCUGGCCUCCUCGUCACUCCCUCCAGCAGAGACCUCCUUCCCGGCUGUCGAGCCGAAGGCCACCGCAAGCCCUGCCGAGUCGGCUCCGACAUCGGCCAAGAAGGAGGCUCUCUCUGCCGAGGCGAUUGAGGAGGCCAGGCGGCAGAAGAUCGCCAAUUCGAAGAACCCCAAGAGAACCAAGGCGAUGCUCGAUCACUGGGACCGAUUCAACCGAGAAGGACGGAUCCGCAACCCAAAGCGAUCCAAGGCCCAAAUCGAGCAGGACCGGACCGUCGACGGCUCCGCCGACGAGGUCCCCAAGCCCACUGGUCCCGGCCGCCGCAAGCGGUCGCCCUCGCUGGCACCGCUUGCCGGCAACCUCGCCCCCAAGGGGCCCACCGGCCUGCCCUCAAUGGCAACCGUCCAGGCGCAGCAGCAGCAGCCCAUGCCUCCGACCCUCCCCCUAUGGGGGUGGUGUCUCACUACGGCCCCGGCCCAGUGA